CUCCGAGGAGCCCAUCGCCACUUGCAUGACUGUCCUCAGUGGUACUCGUUGCUGUCGUUACCUGAAGGUUUCCUCGUUAUCAGGUAGAAGUUUCGUCUGAAACAGGAUCCUGUCGAUUCGUCUUAAUAAACAUCCAGAGUAAAUAAAAGGUAUAAAGAGGUGUUGCAGCAGGCGGGACAGAGCAGUUCUGUGUCUGCGGAGACUCGUUACUCGUCCCGGAUCAGUGCAGAGGAGCUACUCAGUCUGUCUGGAGUUUGGGGACAGAUAAACUCGCAGCAACCUGCAGCUAAAUCUACUUCUUUAAUCUGCAGCAGCAUGAGAGAGUGCAUCUCCAUCCACGUGGGUCAGGCAGGCGUCCAGACAGGAAACGCCUGCUGGGAGCUCUUCUGCCUCGAGCACGGUGUCGGUCCUGAUGGCGUCUUCCUGGAAAGUCCUGCAGAGCCAAACUCUCGUGAAGACCCAUUCAACACUUUCUUCAACACUGGGAGCUCUGGGCGCCACGUUCCCAGAGCGAUCUACGUGGACCUGGAGCCCACGGUGGUCGAUGAAGUGAGGGUUGGAAAGUACCGAGAGCUUUUCCACCCGGAGCAGCUGAUCUCUGGAAAGGAGGAUGCAGCCAACAACUACGCCCGAGGCCAUUACACCGUCGGGAAAGAAAUCAUUGACGGAGUCAUGGAACGCAUUCGGAAAAUGUCGGACCAGUGCACCGGCCUGCAGGGGUUCCUCGUCUUUCGCAGUUUUGGAGGUGGAACCGGCUCCGGCUUCACCUCUCUGCUGAUGGAGCGUCUGUCUGUCGACUACGGCAAGAAGUCAAAGCUGGAGUUCGCCGUGUAUCCAGCUCCGCAGGUGUCCACCGCCGUGGUGGAGCCCUACAACGCCAUCCUGACCACCCACACCACCCUGGAGCACUCCGACUGCGCCUUCAUGGUGGACAACGAGGCCAUCUACGACAUAUGUCGGCGCAACAUGGACAUCGAGAGUCCUGGUUACAUCAACCUCAACCGACUGAUCGGUCAGAUCGUUUCCUCCAUCACCGCCUCCCUACGUUUCGAUGGCGCCCUCAAUGUGGACCUGAUGGAGUUCCAGACCAACCUGGUCCCGUUUCCACGAAUCCACUUCCCUCUGGUUACUUACUCGCCCAUCAUCUCUGCUGAGAAGGCGUACCACGAGCAGCUGACCGUGUCCGAGAUCACGAGCGCCUGCUUCGAGCCAACCAAUCAGAUGGUGAAAUGUGACCCUCGUCACGGCAAGUAUAUGGCGUGCUGCCUGCUGUACCGCGGCGAUGUCGUCCCUAAGGACGUAAACGCAGCCAUCGCAAACAUAAAGACCAGACGAUCCAUUCAGUUUGUCGACUGGUGUCCAACUGGCUUCAAGGUCGGCAUCAACUACCAACCUCCGACCGCGGUUCCCGGUGGAGAUCUGGCCAAAGUCCAGAGAGCCGUCUGCAUGCUGAGCAACACCACGGCCAUCGCUGAGGCCUGGUCGCGUCUCGACCACAAGUUCGACCUCAUGUACGCUAAGCGUGCGUUCGUCCACUGGUACGUGGGCGAAGGUAUGGAGGAGGGAGAGUUUGCAGAGGCCAGAGAGGACCUGGCCUGUCUGGAGAGGGAUUACGAGGAGCUGGGUCAAAUUAACCCAGAUUCUGAAAAUGACGACGACGGUCAGGAGUACUGAGCCACGUGAGGCGGUGACGGCCGCACGGCAUUUUAUCCAGUACUGAGUCGGAAAUGAUGUCAUUUCUUUACUGUGUAUCUAGAGUAAACCAAAGAUCAUCUUUCUGACUGCUGUGUUUUUAAAAUGUCCGAAGAAGACAAACUACAAGUAAAGCUGUGUUUGAAUUGUGCUGUAAAAUAAAGUUUGUCUGGAUUA